AUGGCCGACCUGACCGAAAUUAACCGCAAGCACUUCGACAAAGUGGCCUCUAACCACCAAAACGACUUUGGCGAGCUCAUCGACGCGGUGAUUGCUGAGCUCAAGUCGCGGCGUGGCUGGAUCAGUCCCAAGUUAACCAACACCCCAAACACCGACCCUACUGCCGGCGAUGCGGUCCGGUUGUUGGAUUAUGCCUGCGGUGCCGGGACCGUGUCCAAGGUAUCUAGACUAGACACACCUACCUAUCUCCACCCGCCCAUCGCCGACUUCUGGACUAACAAGGUGUAUGCCAGGCCCUAG